UGUUACUAGUCAAAUUCAAAUCGAAGCAUAUAAAAAGUUUAGCUUAGUAUCUCUUCUUUUACUUGGAAAGAUAGCUCCCCUUCCCAAAUACACUGCUAGUGUAGUUUAUCGUUCAGCAAAAAACCAAUGUCAAGCUUAUCAAGAUUAUGCAUCUGCUUUUGAGAGCUUAAACGUAAAACGGCUGCGGAACGAGUUCACCAAAUGGACUGACAUUUUUAGAAAGGAUAAAAAUCUUGGUUUAGCUAAACAAACUCUCAGUGCAAUUUAUCGACGAAAUAUUCAACAAUUGACUCAAACUUAUUUGACAUUGUCAUUGGCCGAUAUUGCUGAUGCAGUGGGAUUAGAGGGACGUGAUGCACCAAAAAUAGCCGAGAAUUACGUCUUAAGAAUGAUCGAAUCUCGUGAGAUAUUUGCUACUAUUAGUCAUUCUCAUCAGAAUGGAAUGGUAUCCUUCCACGACAACCCUGAUCGUUAUGAUACAUCACUCACGAUUACUCAACUUGAGGAACAAAUAAACAAAUCUACCACUGUGAGCGAACGUGUCAUUAAAACCGAUAGGCUUGUGGGAUGUAGUAAAGAAUACCUUACAAAGAGCCAACAUAUGCUUACUACAGGAGGAGCAAUCCCAGGUGGACUUGGUCCUGGUGAUGAUCCUGAUUUCUUGGGAGGCAGUGGUGGUUUUGAGCAUUUCAUUGAUGAUGUCGAAGGAAAAAUUAUUUAUCAGGAUGAAACUAAUUUACUCUUCUCUUUUCAUAAAAUUCCAUUCCAAAUAACGUUAGGGAAUGCGUCUGGAAAUCAAGAUCGCGUAAAAUGUGUAGAUUUCCAUCCGACAGAACCAUGGUUACUUGCAAGUUUAUAUAAUGGUAAUGUAUACAUUUGGAAUUAUGAAACACAGGCUCUGGUAAAAACUUUUGAGGUUACGGACGUGCCUGUUCGUGCUGCCAAAUUUAUCGCUCGCAAGAAUUGGUUAAUUACCGGAUCUGAUGAUAUGCAAAUACGGGUUUUUAAUUAUAAUACACACGAAAAAAUUACAACAUUCGAGGCUCAUCCAGAUUAUAUUCGAUGCAUUGCAAUACAUCCUACUCAACCUUUUGUCUUGACCGGUUCAGAUGAUAUGACAGUUAAAUUAUGGGAUUGGGAGAAAGGAUGGAAGAAUAUUCAGAUAUUUGAAGGACAUACGCAUUAUGUCAUGAACAUUAAUUUUAAUCCCAAAGACUCGAAUACAUUUGCUUCAGCUUGUUUGGAUCGUACAAUUAAAGUAUGGUCUAUUGGUUCCACUUUAGCGAAUUUCACACUUGAGGGUCAUGAAAAAGGAGUGAAUUGGGUUGAAUAUUAUCAUGGUGGCGAAAAACCAUAUCUAGUAUCCGCUGCUGAUGAUAAGCUUGUUAAGAUUUGGGAUUAUCAAAACAAAACCU